AUGGCGGAGAGCCCCCUUAUUUGCAUGGUUUCCUUGGGUGAGAGAGCAGUGUUCUCAAGGGUAACUUCUGCAACCUCUUUUUUUGAGUUUAAGUUCGACGUGGCUGAGAGGUUGAAGGUUCCUUAUGAUGCGCUAUCAAUGGUUUAUAAAUCUGAAAGGAUCCCUGAUCUGAGUUUUGAGAUCGAGAAUGAGGAUGAUAUGGAGUGUAUGGUGGAGCACAACCGUAAUAUCGGGUGUCUGGAGAUCCAUAUUCGAGCUAAUAUAGAUGUAGAUGUUUCCAGAUGUGAGAACACCCCGAAGCAACCUCCUGAAAUCAUUAUGAAUACACUGAAGCCAAAGUUUAUUGAUAGUACUUCUGCCGCAAACCAUGGUUCUAAAAGAAUUCCAACUGAUAAUCCCAGUGGUAGCAGUGUAGUGCGUUCUGAUGACAUUAUUAACAACACAGUAAUGAUUCCUGGUUGGUGGCAUAAUGCAUUAACUGAAGAGGGUCAAGAAUUUGAAAGUGCUGAAGAAUUAAGGUUGGCGCUGACAUACUAUUCUCUGGCCAAAAUGUUUGAUUAUGAGUUUAAAAAGAACGAACCAAAACGUAUCCGUGUAUAUUGCCGAUAUAAAGAAACUUACGAGUGCCCAUGGAUGUUGUUUGCUUCACCUGUUAAGAAUGAAAAUAGACUAUCGAUCAAGAAGUUUGUUAAUGAACAUACUUGUGGGCAGUACGGGCAAAAUACAUGUCGUUCAAGGGCAUCCCGUAAAUUCAUUGCAACACAGUUACAACCACUCCUGAAGGUCCGUCUAGAAAUCCGACCCGUUGAUGUGCAAAAGGAGUUCCUCACAAACUACGGCCUUAGAAUUGAUUACAGUAAGAUUUGGUGGGGGAAAGAGAGAGCACAGGAGAAGCUUUACGGGGAUAUAUAUGAGUCGUAUGAUCAACUACGAUGGUAUGAGCGCAUGGUAAAAGAGACAAAUCCCGGCAGUUACAUACAUGUUGACCAGAAUGAGGGGAGGUUUUUGAGACUCUUUGUUUGUUAUGCUGCAUGCAUCAAAGGUUUCUUGAGUGGAUGCAGACCCCUUCUAUUUUUGGACGGUACAUUUUUGAAGGAUCGAUAUAAAGGUAUUCUCCUCUCGGCCAUAGCAUACGAUGGGAACCAAGGUAUAUUUCCCUUAGCGUAUUGCAUAUGUGAUCAAGAGAAUUUGAUGAAUUGGAAGUGGUUCCUCCAAGGUCUAUGGUCCAUACUUUAUGAGAGGGCUGACCCUUACAAUCUUCCCCACCAAUUGGUUAUAAUUUCUGAUGCGGACAAAGGAAUUAAAGAAUCAGUAAAAGAGUAUUUUCCAGAAGCUCUACACUCGAGGUGUGUUCUACAUCUUGUUGAAAAUUUCAGGUUAAAGCUUAAGGACUUGGGUAUGAAGUCGAAGGACACUCAUGUUCUGGGGAACUUACUCCAAAGUGCUUGUUAUAAAUACACAAUAGCAGAAUGA